AUGGAAUUAGCUUCACAUAUCCACCCUCUUUCGCAGAUGUACGGAUACCCAACUAUACAGAGCCUCAAUAAGGCGAAGUUUAAAACCGGAGACGACAAAUGGAACUGGAAGUCUAGUAGCAAGGGAGAGUUCAUAGUUGCGGAGAUUCGAAGUCAAAUAGCGAGUCAAGAUAACAACGGAUCAGAGGAAGAAUGGAGACACUGGAAUAAGUGGGUGCCGCCGAAAAUAAACUAUUUCACGUGGAGAGCAUCGGUCGGGAGGAUUCCGGUGAAGUCGGAGCUAAUUAAGCGGAGAAUUCCUAUUAACAGUAAUAUUUGCUCAAGAUGUAAUGCACAGGAGGAAUCAGUAAAUCAUGCUAUAUGUGGCUGCAGUGGAUCGAAAAGGAUUUGGCGAGACAUAGUCAAUUGGUUGAAGCUUCCAUCUUCAACAGAGUUUCAUGAAUGCAAGGAUGUACUAGAAUAUGUCAAAGAUCUUCCAGGUUCUAAUGAGUGGAAAAAAGUUAUAAACGUAGUGUUUCAAACCACUAUGUGGAACAUUUGGAAGGCUCGAAAUGAAAAAGAAUUCGAAGGGAACAAUCGGUCCGAAAACAGUAUGGUUGAAUCAGUAAUGGCCGAGAGCUUUAUUUGGUUGAAAAGUAGAUCGAAACUACAUGAUAUAGUAUGGGAAAGAUGGGUGGACUUUAACAUACGAGAUAUAGUGAAAUAG